AUGUCUUCCAGAGAAAUCCUUGCAUCAGCAUCAUCCCUCACAACCCUCGACCCGGGACUCCCCCGUGCUCACCCAACCCAGUCAUUCUGGCAAGAACCGGCCCACCCGCUCUCAUCCACGCAGUCCCCCUCUCUGCCCGCAAGAACCGAAAUCCUGAUCCUCGGCUCGGGAAUAACAGGCUGCGCCAUUGCCAAACACCUCCUCGAGAACAGCAGCGAUGAUCAGAGCAUCACGAUCCUCGAGGCACGCACGCUCUGCUCGGGAGCCACCGGCCGCAACGGCGGUCACUUGACCUCUUCCGCCCCGUGCGAUUACCUGGACCUCGUGGCUGCGUUGGGGAAGGAGCAAGCGCUGAAGGUGGCGAGGUUCACGCUGCUGAAUAUCGAGAAGGUAUAUGCGUUGGCGAAGGAGGUUGAGGGUAGUGAGGUUAGGUUGGUGGAGGGUGUGAUGAGUUGUUUUGACGAGGAGGCUUUGGAGCACGCGAGGGCUAGCGUGGAUGAGUUUGAGAGAGACGCGGUUGAGUGUAGAGGAAAAUACACAUCUGUGGAUGCUAACGAGCUUGAAGAGAAGUAUGGCGUCCGUGGCACGUUAGGGGGUCUUGUUGUACCGGCUGGAGCCAUAUGGCCGUAUAGACUGGUAACAAGCCUGUACGCGCAGCUGGUAUCCAGAUAUCCGGACCGCUUCUGUAUCGAGACAUCCACGCCAGCCACCGAGAUCUCAUUCGAUAGUGAUUCUGGGUUCUACAACGUUACGACCCCGCGCGGUAACAUCCAGGCCAGGCAUGUCCUCCACGCCACCAACGGGCACGCAGGGCACCUCCUCCCCUUGCUCCGCGGUAAGAUCUACCCUCUCCGCGGCACCAUGACCGUCCAGCGUUCUCCCCCCACCUUCCCAAACAUAGGCAGCACCCGCUCCUGGUCGACUCACGCCCGGCCAACCUACGAUUCCACAACAGGACGCUGUUCCCUGGGCCUCUACUACAUGACGCAGAACGCAAAGACGGGGGAUAUCUUCCUUGGCGGCGAGGAGAAACCACUCGGCGAGAUCCUGACCAGCGACGACACCACCGCCGGCGACGGCUUCGCUGUGCAGAAUCUGCAGGAUCUACCCGGAGCCUGGUUUGGGGAGGCUGUGUUCCCGCCCGAGGGGAAAGAGGAGAGAUUAAGGUCCAGCUGGAGUGGCAUCAUGGGCUUUACGGGCGAUGGGCUGCCGCUAGUGGGGAAUCUGGAGGAGGGGUUGACGGGGAGGAAGGGCGGCGGAGAAUGGAUUGCCGCGGGAUUCAACGGGUAUGGAAUGGUGAACUGCUGGAUGAGUGGUAUCGCGGUGGCUAAUAUGGUGUUGGGGAGAGGAGGGGACAACAAGGGGUGGUUUCCUGAGGCGUAUUUGGCAUGUGAGGAGAGGUUGAGUGAGAGGAUAAAUGUAGAGACUGCUUUUCAAGAUCUGUUCCCUUUGAAGGAAAAAUAG